ACCCACCGCGGCUGCUGUAGUUGCAAGAAUAUGAAUGGUUUGACGUGGAGUGUGGUUAUUUCCGCAAAAUCUGGAUGGAGAAAUGGCAUGUUGUUAGCCUGCUAGCCGUAAUUUGAGCUAGAUUGAGACGGAUUAGAAUCGGUUCCCAGGUAGACUGGGUCGGUACUGGAGUGUUGACAACAGUCAUUCAUAGACUGAUCCAAUUUUUUCUUCCCCUCAAUAAAACUGAACAUCAUGAUUAAAGCCAUACUAAUAUUCAACAACCAUGGGAAACCUCGGCUUUCUAAAUUCUACGAGCAUUACAACGAAGACACGGAACAACAAAUCAUCAGAGAAACAUUUCAUCUGGUGUCCAAAAGAGAUGAGAACGUCUGCAAUUUUCUAGAAGGUGGAAUGUUGAUUGGUGGAUCUGAGAACAGGCUCAUCUACAGACACUAUGCCACGCUCUACUUUGUAUUCUGCGUCGAUUCCUCUGAGAGCGAGCUUGGCAUCCUAGACCUUAUCCAGGUGUUUGUGGAAACAUUGGACAAAUGCUUCGAGAAUGUCUGUGAACUUGACUUAAUUUUCCACGUGGACAAGGUCCACAAUAUACUGGCAGAGAUGGUGAUGGGGGGGAUGGUGCUGGAGACCAACAUGAAUGAGAUCAUCAUACAGGUGGACGCCCAAAACAAAAUGGAGAAAUCGGAGGCUGGUAUUGCAGGAGCCCCUGCUCGCGCAGUGUCAGCCGUAAAGAACAUGAACCUCCCCGAAAUGCCCAGAAACAUCAACAUUGGAGACAUCAGCAUAAAAGUGCCAAACUUACCCUCCUUCAAAUAGCCGGCAAGACCCACCGUGCAGAAGUCGACCAAUGUUUACCAUGCAAUUGUUUAACCAAAAUCCGAACAAAUACCAACUUUUCUCAAAGAGCAUGAAGGUACUGUGUGAAUUUCUUUGGCGUUAACUCUUUUUCUUUCUCUCCCUGGUUUUAAAUUAAUGUCAUUGUGACUUUGUUCUGUUUGAGAAAAUAAAGUAUUUAUUUAUUCCAUUCCUCGACCCUCACUGGAGGUGUGCCCUUAUGUCGUGGCUGCUACAGUAUUGUAAAUUCAUACUUUAGUAGUGGUUUGUAAAACAAACAGAAUAUUCUUAUAUACAGUAUAUGAUGCACAGGAGGUUGGAGGCAUCUUAAUUAGAAAGGACGGGCUUGUGGUAAUGGCUGUAGCAGAAUAUGUGGAAUGGUUUUCCUUUCACUCCGUUCCAGCAAUUAUGAGCUGUCCUCCCCUCACCAGCCUCCACUGAUAUGACGAUAUAUGCUGAAAUUGUAUUUCUUUGUCUUACCUGUAUACACAAUGGUUUAAACAAAUGAUCUUGUCAAAUGUUUCUCUUGAUUUAAUCAGUGCAUGUGUUUUUUGUUUUUUGCAACUUAAUAAACUAUUGAAUCAUCA